UUUCUGAUGUAACAUAAUAUUCAUGUGCCGCUAGAAUUCGUGAAAUUCGAGCGUUAAAUGUUAUCUGGUAAUAAUCUUUCCUCGAUAAUGUACAACGGGGCGUGUUGUUGAUACUAUAUCUAUUUACUUGCUGCGCACAGAAUCCGUCGCAAGCUUAACUUUAAUUACGCGUCAUUUGCGUUCAAUUUUAACAAAAAUCUCCAAUCUCCGUUAUAUUGCAGCCAAGCUCCAAGUAUAAACAUUUAUGAAGUAUCAUCCCUGAAAAAUCCUGAAAGCUAGUUGCUGAAGAACCCGAUUCUAGAUUCUAUUUAUUUAGCUCUUCGAGCUUUUCUGCCAAAACUAUCGCUUUUGCUGGGAAGAAAAAGGAUUUUUUCGGAGAAUCAAUUUUCUGCUUUCCGGAAGACGGGUUUGAAAGUACGCGCGAGAACGGUCCGCGAUCACGUGGGUGAGGCCUAGUAACAUUUCGGGGACGCGUUCGCGCGGUGUGGCACCUCGAUGGACACGGAACAGGGGGUGGGCGAGGGCAGGAGAGAAAGAGGGUCGUCGGCGGGAUGAACGGAUCGUACGAUUCAUACCGUAUUACCAUACGACGAAUUUGUGCGCACCGUCUCGUUAACUGUUGACAAGUGGAGCCGUCAAUUGAGCCCCUCAUUUGGCACGGUCACUUAAGGAGCUUUUGUAGGCGCGGUUCCGAGCGGGGCGUUAUUUGGCCACGUUCAGCGAGCAGGAGGAGGAGGUGGCGGAGGAGGAAGAAGAUGCUGUCGUGAGCGGUAAAUAGCCCCGACCUGGCCCCCUCCGGCAGGCACCGCGGACACGAUAAACCCGAUAAACAAUGUUAACGUGAGUCAACGGCGCUCCGAGCGAGCGAGAGGACGUGUCGCGCGGGACGGGAUAAGACGUGGGGGUGAGAGAGAGAAGGAGAGGCGGGAGAGCGAGACCGGAGAACGAUGUUGCUGCCUGCGCGGGUAAGAUAAGACGUGCUAAUCGCUCAAGAACGCCGCCCCAGGAGCAAUGGACGAUGAACAGCCGGCGAGGGAGGCCAACAAGAUCUGCGGCGUCUGCGGCGACCGGGCGCUCGGCUACAACUUCAACGCCGUCUCCUGCGAGAGCUGCAAGGCCUUCUUCAGGAGGAACGCGCUGAAGAACAAGGACUUUAAAUGCCCCUUCACGGAAAACUGUGCCAUCACAAUCAUAACUAGACGAUUUUGCCAAAAAUGCCGUCUGGAUAAAUGCUUCAGUAUCGGCAUGCGCAAAGAGUACAUCAUGUCUGAAGAGGAUAAGGUCCUGAAGCGGAAGAAGAUCGAGAAGAACCGCGCGAAGAAACGGUCUCAGCCCGACAACGGCAAGAAGAUUAAAAAGGACUGCGUAGACGAUUGUACGUUCGAGGACACGUCGAUGUCGAUCAAUUCGGUCGCAUCGGCGAUGUCGGAAACGUACUUUUGGGAAUCUGAUAAAAAGUACACGGACCUGGACAGCAACAGGCAAAACGUUGUUGAAAGUAUGAGUCCAGUGACAGCGGCGAGCGUGCCGAGUCCUUCGAGUCCCCCAGAGAACACGAAUAUCGCUGAAACGAAAACGCUGGACAUGCUGAAGGAAUCCGCUCCGAGGUCCAGUCUUGCUAGCCGCGCGAGAUUCACCGAUCUUAACGUGGCGCCUCAGAGUACAGCGACGGACAAGAGCUCUCCUUCGAAUUCGGGGAAAUACGAGCAGAGCUCGCUACAAUUCAGCUCCGCUUUUGAAGAGAACGCGCCUAAUUACUCCGCAUUCGAGCAGACUCGCGAACAAAAUUCCCCCGUGUAUAUAAAUCGCGCGUCGCAGGGCGAGACGAGUCGUUCUGAUCCUCUUUCGUUGUCGCAACUCGCGAAAGAGGAGACGUCGAUAUGCCAGAAACCGAAGGAGAUGUGUUCGAGCGGGAACAAUUUGGUCGCCAAGUUCAAACAGGAUCCCGGUCUGCUGACCAAAUUAAUCAAUAGGCCAAAUUUAGUCGCCAAGAUAAUUCAAGAUCAGAGGGUAUUAAUGAAGAUUAUGACGGAUCCUGAUAUGGCUACGUGUUUGGCGGCAGAUCCGUAUAUCACGCAAUUCUUGAAGGAGCACGACACAAUUGAUACGGCGAUCAUCGGGCGCGACCGUGACGCCAAAACAAGAGUUCAGUCGAGGGAAGCUUCAGAGAAUAAUGCCAGCUCGGGUGAUUCUAGGCAUAUCCCGAAGUCCAAGGGAGGUCACGUGGAAAAUCCGAUCCUGACGGACUUGAUUACGAACCGCAACGCGGAGGAGUAUAAAAAUCAAAAUUUGGAAACUAGUACAAAUACAGAUUGGCAUAAAAAUACAGCCGACGUUACCAAAGAUGUUCUUCAGGACGUACAAAGAAUACCAAUCGCUGCCAAUUCUAUAGAGUCUAUCUUAUGCGAGGCUAUCAAGUUAGAAUAUUCAGCAUUUUCUAGUUUUGGUGGCAACCAAAGCAGCAGGGAAUUGAAUGACGCCGAGAGAGCGAAAUUGAACGAGCUGAUAGUUGCUAACAAAGCGUUAUUAGCUCCGUUAGACGAUGACAUAACAAAUUUGGUUGGCGAAGAGUGUAAAUUCAAGAAUAAUUUUGGACAAUCUGAUCCAAUGUUGUUGGACGUUAUAAAUUUGACGGCCAUAGCAAUUAGACGCUUGAUAAAAAUGUCCAAGAAAAUAAACGCCUUUAAGAAUAUGUGUGAAGAGGAUCAGCUGGCUCUGUUGAAAGGCGGCUGCACGGAAAUGAUGAUCCUAAGAUCAGCCAUUAAUUACGAUCCGGAUAAAGACAUGUGGAAAAUACCCCAUAGCCAAGAGAGCAUGUCGAAUAUCAAAGUUGACGUUCUGAAAGAAGCGAAAGGAAAUUUAUAUGCGGAGCACGCGAGAUUCGUCAGAACGUUCGACCCCCGGUGGCGUGACGAAAAUAUUAUUUUGAUUUUAAGCGCAAUCGCCUUGUUUACUCCCGAUAGACCGAGAGUCGUACAUGGUGAUGUUAUUAAAUUGGAGCAGAAUUCAUAUUAUUAUCUCCUCAGACGGUAUCUGGAGAGUGUUUAUCCUGGCUGCGAAGCUAAGUCCACAUUCCUCAAGUUAAUACAGAAGAUUUCUGAACUCCAUAAACUGAACGACGAGGUCGUGGGAGUUUACUUGAACGUCAAUCCAUCCAGCGUAGAGCCGCUGCUUAUAGAAAUAUUCGAUUUAAAGCACUGAUUAUUUAGCUUGUAAAGUCUACGAGUUCUCUUUGUGUGUGUAUAAUAAGGGAAUCGUACUAGUACAUUUGAGAAAAUACUACAUUCAUGCUGCAAUGCAUGUAUUCCUAGGGUUAUCUUUAAUCAAGAAAACCGCACGAUGGCUACAUCGCCGAUCCGGAUAUUUAUGAAAAUAUUAUUGUAAGUAAAACUUCAACACUGCAUUGCCUCCUUGUAUGAAUGAUAUCGUGUAGCAACACGUCUUUAAAUAUUUUUAAGCGAUGGAAUGAAGACUAUAUGUGUAAAAUAUCGAAAUAGUUUAACGUAAAACUGAAACGUGCGCGCGCGGUCGCGCUUAAAACAUCGCCAGGAACCACAUUAACUACAUAUAAAUCAUAGACAUUAUGGGUAUCAAUGUCCGCCAUAAUUUAAUGUAACUCAUCACAAGUGGAACGGCAAGCGAUUCACGCGUCAAUCCGAAUAAAGUUGAUUAAAUUAGGACACUAAUAAGGUAAUAGAGUGCCGUAAUUAAUAAUAAACAAUAUUUCGCUUCGUAACAAGCACAUAUUGUAUCAUUAAGUAUUUCGCGAAGUAUCUUUUGAGCUCGAUAUCGUUCUCAUUGCGUACUGAGAACAAAUGUAUGCGUACAACGACAGCAUAAUAAUUCCUAGGUGGCUGUUUCGAUCAUGUGUUUCCUCGAAAAAUAGUUAAAUAUGUAAUUAUAUAUUUUUUAACACGUGGAUCGUUAAAUUUUAAGCAAAUGAAUGUUAUUUAAUGCGACAAGGCCUGUGCUCAUAUAUUAUAAAUAUAUUAUAUAGAUUAUUAAGAGUUGUAAUUGUGUCGUUAAAAAAUUUGUUUUAAAAAAAUGAGAUUACAAUGAAAACAACUAUAUGAAUUAUAGUAAUCAUGCUUAUGGUAUAAGCAGCUUUCAAAGUCUACAUGUAAAUAAGAGAGAGAGAUAUUAUACUUGUAUAUAUGUGUCGUUGUGUAAUGUACACGAGAUAAAUUGUGAUAUAUCCUGAUAUAAAUAUAUUUUUCAAAAAUA